AUGCUGUUCCCCGCUGUACCCCGCGGUCUUCCCUCCCUCCAAGCGCGAGCGACUAAUAAUUUUUAUCUCCGCACCGCUUCGUGCUUGUCUUCAUUUCAUACCAUCUCCUCUGCUAGAGGAGCUCGAGGUUCUGUCUUGUCAAGCUUUACGGCUCCGUCCCCGGUCUCCGUUGCUUUUUUAAACCCGCCGGCUGCUUCAAAUCGCACCUUCUGCAGCUCCGCAACUAUGGCUGCUAAGAUCGAUGGUACGGCGAUUGCCAAGAGCAUUCGCUCGGGCCUCAAGUCUGAGAUUGAGCAGACUCAGAUCACGAACCCCCGAUUCAAGCCCAACUUGAUCAUUUUUCAAGUCGGUAACCGAUCGGACUCCAGCACUUAUGUGCGUAUGAAGCUGAAGGCCGCCCAAGAGGCCAACAUCCUGUGCACUCUGAUCAAUGUCCCUGAGACCAGCACCGAGCUGGAGCUCCUCCAGGAGAUCACCAAGGCCAACAAUGACCCCGCCGUUCACGGUAUCCUGGUCCAAUUGCCCCUCCCAGACCACAUGUCCGAGCACACCAUCACCUCUGCUGUCUCCGACGAGAAGGAUGUGGAUGGAUUCGGUGCCGUCAACAUUGGUGAGCUUGCCAAGCGUGGUGGCCGCCCAAAUUUCACCCCGUGCACUCCUCUUGCCGUGAUGGAGCUGCUGAAGGCCAGUGGAGUGGACCCCUCGGGUAAGCAAGCUGUGGUUCUGGGACGUAGCGACAUUGUUGGCAGCCCCGUCAGCUUCCUGCUCCGCAACGCCCAUGCCACCGUAACGGUUUGUCAUUCCAAGAGUGCCGACAUCCCCAAUAUUGUGAAGAAUGCCGACAUUGUCGUCGCCGCCAUUGGAAAGGCCGAAUUUGUUAAGGGAGAGUGGUUGAAGCCAGGUGCCGUUGUUAUUGAUGUCGGUAUCAACUACAAGCCUGAUGCGACUAAGAAGUCUGGUGAGCGUCUCGUUGGAGAUGUCGACUUUGAGUCUGCCUCCCAGGUGGCUUCGCAAAUCACCCCGGUCCCUGGCGGUGUUGGCCCCAUGACUGUUGCCAUGUUGCUGAAGAACGUCGUCCACGCUGCCAAGACAUACUUCGAGAAGCAAAAGGAUCGCCGCAUCACUCCCCUGCCUAUUCGUCUACAGAGCCCCGUUCCCUCAGAUAUCGCCAUUUCCCGUGCCCAAUACCCCAAGCCCAUUACACAGGUCGCUGCCGAGGUUGGCAUUGCCCCCCACGAGCUGGAGCAAUAUGGUCACACCAAGGCAAAGGUUGGGCUUGAGGUUUUGGAUCGUCUCUCCCACCGUCGCAAUGGACGUUACAUUCUGGUUGCCGGUAUCACUCCCACUCCUCUGGGUGAGGGCAAGUCGACCACUACCCUUGGUCUUACCCAAGCUCUGGGAGCUCACCUGAACCGCAUCACUUUCGCCAAUGUCCGUCAGCCCAGCCAAGGCCCGACCUUCGGUAUCAAGGGUGGCGCCGCUGGAGGUGGUUACAGUCAGGUCAUUCCCAUGGAUGAAUUCAACCUACACUUGACGGGUGAUAUUCACGCUAUUACUGCGGCUAACAAUCUUCUGGCUGCCGCCAUCGAGACCCGUAUGUUCCAUGAAUCUACCCAGAAGGAUGGCCCUCUCUACAAGCGUCUAGUGCCCGCCAAGGGUGACAAGCGCGAGUUCAAGCCAAUCAUGUUCCGUCGCCUGAAGAAGCUGGGUAUCGAAAAGACCAACCCAGAUGAUCUCACCGAGGACGAGAUCCGCCGUUUCGCGCGUCUGGAUAUCGACCCUGAGACUAUCACCUGGCGUCGUGUCCUUGAUGUCAACGAUCGUCACCUUCGUGGCAUCACCGUUGGCACAGCCCCCACCGAAAAGGGUCUCUCCCGUGAGACUGGCUUCGAUAUUUCCGUCGCCAGUGAAUGCAUGGCCAUUCUCGCCCUGAGCAACAGCCUGGAGGACAUGCGUGAGCGCUUGGGUCGUAUGGUGGUUGCUACCUCCAGGUCUGGUGACCCCGUCACUUGUGACGAUAUUGGUGCCGGUGGUGCUCUUGCUGCUUUGAUGAAGGAUGCCAUUAAGCCCAACCUCAUGCAGAGCUUGGAGGGAACUCCCGUUUUGGUUCACGCUGGUCCUUUCGCCAAUAUCAGUAUUGGUGCUAGCUCCGUCAUUGCUGAUAAGCUGGCUUUGAAGUUGGCCGGAACUGAGCCUGACGAGGAUCACGAUGACAAGACUGGUUUCGUGGUGACUGAAGCUGGCUUUGAUUUCACCAUGGGCGGUGAGCGUUUCUUCAACAUCAAGUGCCGGUCAUCAGGUCUUUCUCCCGAUACCGUGGUCAUUGUGGCCACUGUUCGCGCCCUGAAGGUGCACGGAGGUGGCCCCGAAAUCAAGCCCGGUGCUCCUCUUCCCGAGGUCUACCGUACCGAGAAUGUUGAUGUCCUUCGCAAGGGUUGCAUUAACCUUCGCAAGCACAUUUCCAAUGCCCGCCAGUACGGUGUGCCAGUUGUUGUUGCCAUUAACAAGUUUGACACCGACACCGAGGCUGAAAUCGCUGUCAUUCGGGAGGAGGCCAUUGCAGCGGGUGCUGAGGACGCCAUCCCCGCCAACCACUGGGCCGAGGGUGGAGCCGGUGCCGUUGACCUGGCCAAGGGUGUUCUGGCUGCCAGCUCCAAGCCCAAGGACUUCAAGUUGCUGUAUGAUCUCAAUGGCAGCAUUCAUGAACGUAUUGAGCGCAUCGGUCAGGCCAUGUAUGGUGCUGAUAAGGUGGAGUUCAGCGAGCUGGCCCAGAAGAAGGUUGACACCUACACUCAGCAAGGAUUCGGCAACCUGCCGAUCUGUAUUGCCAAGACGCAAUACUCUCUUAGUCACGAUCCUGCCUUGAAGGGUGCCCCCACUGGAUUCACUGUGCCAAUUCGGGAUGUCAGACUUGCCGUGGGCGCUGGAUACCUCUACGCUCUGGCUGCCGACAUCCAGACUAUUCCUGGUCUGCCUACUGCACCUGGCUACCUUAAUGUCGACAUUGACCCCGAGACUGGUGAGGUCGACGGUCUGUUCUAG